GCUGCUGCUGCUCUGCCGGCCCCGGAGGGAGCGCAGGAGCGGGCGCGGCCGCUGCUUCCCGCAGCCCGCGCUGGGCUGGCGCACGGAGAGCCGCCGCUGCCCCCUCCAGCCCAAGGCAGAGCCGGCGUGCGGAGUCCGGGCUCGCUAGCAGCAGAUGCACUGGGCCGGCUGUGGAUCCUUUGGUGACCGGGGCAUGGGAAUGAAAGCCCUCCCUGCCGAGGCUGCCUUCCCUGUGGCCAGCUCUGUGCUUGCCGUCGACGUGACCGGCGGCACUCCCUGCUCCUGUCCUGUACCUGGCUGUGCACAGACUUAAAAAAGGUCCUGCCUACGCUGCCACUCCAGCUCUGCACCAUUACCCUCUGCAACCAGCACAGAGUUCCAUCUCCCAGCUAUCUGCUCUGACAUCAGACCUCUGCGUUCCAAUUCUCCCAGUGCCUGCUGCUUCCCAAACUGAGAAGGUUUUAAACUGGGCUAUGCUACAGCACUGUGAAAUGAAGCUGCAGCAGUACAAUUUAACCCAAAAGCAUUAGCACCAGAAUCACUGAGGCAUCCCACUUCUCCAAUAGGACUGCAUUUCAUACCUCCAAGAUUCAGGUUUGCUUUUACAUCUCUUCCCUGUGCAUCCCUGCCAACAGAGCCUAUUGCCAGCUGUCUAAGCUGAAGAACAGUAAUCCACAUCUUCUGACUGCCACGAGGAAAAUGUACACCCUCGUUCUCUUUGUGGUGGGCUCCUUUUGUCUGAACGGAAGCAUGGCAGCAGAUGCUGAAGAGAAAUUAAUGAACCACCUACUGAGUCCUGACAGAUACAAUAAGUUAAUUCGACCAGCCGUCAACUCCUCCCAGCUGGUAUCCAUAGAACUGCAGGUUUCCCUGGCACAGCUCAUCAGUGUGAAUGAACGGGAGCAGAUCAUGACUACAAACGUCUGGCUGAACCAGGAGUGGAUUGAUUAUCGGCUGGCUUGGAAGCCCUCUGACUACGAAGGAAUAAAUAAGCUGAGAAUACCUGCAAAACACAUCUGGUUGCCAGACAUUGUGCUUUACAAUAACGCGGACGGCACGUACGAAGUCUCGCUGUACACAAAUGCCAUUGUAAAGAACAAUGGAAGCAUUCUCUGGUUGCCACCAGCCAUUUACAAGAGUGCCUGCAAGAUUGAGGUGAAGCAUUUCCCAUUUGACCAACAAAACUGCACCCUCAAGUUCCGGUCCUGGACGUACGACCACACAGAAAUUGAUAUGGUGCUCAAGACUUCCAUGGCGAGCAUGGACGACUUCACACCAAGCGGAGAGUGGGACAUUGUAGCACUCCCAGGAAGAAGGACUGUAAACCCUCUGGACCCCAAUUAUGUCGAUGUGACAUAUGACUUCAUUAUUAAAAGGAAACCGCUUUUUUAUACCAUCAACCUUAUCAUUCCCUGUGUGCUAAUUACAUCCUUAGCCAUCCUAGUAUUCUACUUACCUUCAGACUGUGGUGAAAAAAUGACUUUAUGCAUAUCUGUGUUGCUUGCCUUGACUGUGUUCCUGCUGCUCAUCUCCAAAAUUGUCCCUCCAACAUCUCUAGAUGUUCCACUGAUUGGGAAGUAUCUCAUGUUUACAAUGGUGUUGGUGACCUUCUCAAUAGUUACCAGUGUCUGUGUGCUCAAUGUCCACCACAGAUCUCCAAGUACUCACACUAUGCCCCCUUGGGUAAAGCUGGUUUUCCUUGAAAGACUCCCGGCCUAUCUGUUCAUGAAGCGCCCAGAAAAUAAUUCUCCACGGCAAAAGCCAUGCAAAUGCAAAAAGACAAAAGCAGAGAAUCCUUGUAUGGAGCCAUCUGACUUCUACAAGAACUCUACUUAUUUUUUGAAUACAGUUUCUGCCAAAAGAUAUGAUAUGAAAGUCUCUGAGACACCUGACAAUGUCAGCAGUCAUCGAGAUUUUAGGUUAAGAACAGGUGCGAAAUUUUCUCCUGAAGUGCAAGAAGCAAUUGAUGGAGUCAGUUUUAUAGCAGAGCACAUGAAAAGCGAUGACAACGACCAGAGUGUCAUUGAAGAUUGGAAGUAUGUUGCCAUGGUAGUGGACAGGCUGUUUCUCUGGAUAUUUGUCCUUGUUUGUGUCCUAGGGACUGUUGGAUUAUUUCUGCAACCACUUUUUCAAAACCACACUGCUGCCAUAAACCCUUAGCUAUUUAAAAUUGUCAAUACUUACACAGACGUUUGGUCUCAUUCUGCUCUCAGUUCCCCUUUGUUAACUCCACAGAGGUGCCAAGUGAGUUACACUUACAUCCCUUAGAGUAGAGAAAAGGAAAGUAGAACUUGACUUACUGGGAUAGGAAAAAAGUAAAGCAAAGAGAAAACUGGGGUUUUUUUUAGUGAGUCCAGUGCCCUUUUUUCAAUUAUUUGAAGUCUGAACAUUACAGUGAAAGAUUUUUAUUGUACGUCAUCCUGGCAUCAUCAUCAUAAUCAUAUUCUUAUUCUUAGUAUUCUUAUUAUUAUUAUGCAUUUUAAAUAUAUUGUCUUAGGAAGGAUAUUUUCUUUCCUUAGAAUACUGCAAUUUCCCUAUUACAAAGAAGGUACUGCUGUGAAAUUUACUUCCUUCAAAUGCAUCAAAAUUAUUUGUGUCUGAUUUAUAAAGAGCUUUGCAAGUAGGUUUGAUACAUCUGAACUGAAAAACAGAAAUAUUUUCUGAGGUAACCACUGAAAAGUUUCUCACCUUGCCAUCUCUGGUAGCCAAUGGAUCAACAAAGGCCAAAUUAAUGUAUGAUAAACAAACAUGUAUAUAAUACUCAGUUUGGUGAUGAAAUAUAAAUAAAACAUAAAUUUUUCCUUUA